GUGAGCUGGCCAAGUCCUCCUGAGCAAGCGAGUGGCGGCUGGCCCGGCCGGCCUGGGCUUGGUCCUCCUCCAAGACUCGCCCGGCAGGAGGGCGGGUGCACCCGGGGAGGCUAUAAGGGCUUCUCCUCCACCCUGCCAGGCUCACUCGCCUGCUCACAGCCCCCGCCUGCCGCAGCCCCCACAGAGCCCACCGCGCCCCCCACGUCCCCCACACCAGCACCCAGCCAUGGAGGCCAUCAAGAAGAAAAUGCAGAUGCUGAAGUUGGACAAGGAGAAUGCCAUCGACCGAGCAGAGCAGGCCGAGGCGGAUAAGAAAGCCGCCGAGGACAAGUGCAAGCAGGUGGAGGAAGAGCUGACGCACCUCCAGAAGAAACUAAAAGGGACCGAGGACGAGCUGGACAAAUAUUCCGAGGAUCUGAAGGACGCUCAGGAGAAGCUGGAGCUCACGGAGAAGAAAGCCUCCGACGCUGAAGGUGAUGUGGCUGCCCUUAACCGACGCAUCCAGCUCGUUGAGGAGGAGCUGGACAGGGCUCAGGAACGACUGGCCACAGCCCUGCAGAAGCUGGAGGAGGCGGAAAAGGCCGCAGAUGAGAGUGAGAGAGGAAUGAAGGUGAUAGAAAACCGGGCCAUGAAGGAUGAGGAGAAGAUGGAGAUUCAGGAGAUGCAGCUCAAAGAGGCCAAGCACAUUGCAGAAGAGGCUGACCGCAAAUACGAGGAGGUAGCUCGGAAGCUGGUCAUCCUAGAGGGUGAGCUGGAGAGGGCAGAGGAGCGUGCAGAGGUGUCUGAACUAAAAUGUGGCGACCUGGAAGAAGAACUAAAGAAUGUUACUAACAAUCUGAAGUCGCUGGAGGCCGCAUCUGAAAAGUAUUCUGAAAAGGAAGACAAAUAUGAAGAAGAAAUUAAACUUCUGUCUGACAAACUGAAAGAGGCUGAGACCCGUGCCGAAUUUGCAGAGAGAACAGUGGCAAAACUGGAAAAGACCAUUGAUGACCUGGAAGAGAAACUUGCCCAGGCCAAAGAAGAGAACGUGGGCUUACAUCAGACACUGGAUCAGACACUAAAUGAACUUAACUGUAUAUAAUCAAAACAGAAGAGUCUUGUUCCACCAGAAACUCCGGAGCUCCGUGGGUCUUUCUCUUCUCUUGUAAGAAGUUCCUUUUGUUAUUGCCAUCUUCGCUUUGCUGGAUAUGUCAAGCAAAUUAUGAAUACAUGACCAAAUAUUUUGUAUCGGAGAAGCUUUGAGCACCAGUUAAAUCUCAUUCCUUUCCUUUUUCUUCCCCCCCAAAUGGCACCAGCUUUUUCAGCUCUCUUAUUUUUUCCUUAAGUUGCAUUUAUUCCUAAGGUAGGCAGGGUAUUUCCUAGUAAGCAUACUUUCUUAAAACGGAGGGCAUUUGGUUCCUGGGAGAAUAGGCAGCCCCACACUUUGAAGAACGCAGACCCCAGUAUCUAGUGGAUCUAUUUAAAAUGCUGAAGAACAUAACCUUUUGAGUCAAGGUUGGUCGAACUAUAGGAGAGAACAGGGACCAUCACAUGGGUGGGGUUUUCCAUCCAGAGCCAAUAAACGGGGUGGGCCGGGGGCGGGCAUUGUGGGAAGUCAUAACCCAUGGAUAGAUUAACCUAAGAAUCCUGGCCCUUCUCUACACUCCACCAUGCAGAACAAACAUCCUCUCAAGCAGUCAAUGUAGAAUGCUUGGGAAAUGGUUGUAAUUACCCACAUAUUUUCUGCCUUUUUUUUUUUUUGUCUUUUUUUUUUUUUCCAUUUUGUGGAGAAUGGGGUCUCACUAUAUUGCCCAGGCAGGUCUCAAACUCCUGGGCUCAAGCUAUCCUCCCACCUCUGCCUCCCUAAGAGCUGGGAUUACAGGCAUGAACCACCGCACCCAGCACCCACAUAUUUUCUGGAUAGAUCCGUGAUGUUAUGUUCUGCAUAUUUCCUUCAUUCUAAAGUUGUUCUCCGGCAGGCUAUUGUGGCCCACGCCUGUAAUCCCAACAUUUUGGGAGGCCAAGGCGGGCAGAUCACUUGAGGUCAGGAGUUCAAGACCAACCCGGCCAACAUGGUGAAACCCCGUCUCUACUAAAAUUACAAAAAUUAUGAUGGCACCUGCCUGUAGUCUCAGCUACUCCAGGAGACACAGGCAGGAGGAUCCCUUGAACCCAGAAAGUGGAGGUUGCAGUGAGCCGAGAUCAUGGCACUGCACUCCAGCCCGGGCAACAGAGAGAGACUCCAUCUCAAGAAAAAAUAAAAAUAAAGUUGUUCUCUGAGGAACAAAUGUCUCAUUCCAAUAAUGACCCAUCCACUCAGCAGGAAUAUGGUGGAUUUCAGUCCAGUUCAGGUCAGCCAUAUCCAAGAGACUACAAGUCAUUAAUAAGUUGAGCAGAAGAGUUUUUUUUUCUUUCUCUUAGCAGAAAGGGCCUCUCUGGCAGCAGGGAUUAAAAACUGGCCCAACUUCAUUUCCAUACUUCAGGGAAUAGCAAACUGAAGAUUUACUUAUCUAGGACUUGAAUUCCUUCUUUGGGACCAUGUUAAUAAAAGACCAAGAAAUUCCUGAUUAAACUGGAUAAUGGAGGAUUUUGUAGACAGGGCUGCACACAUUGGCUUUGUUUUACUUCUGUUUUCUCAGUUAACAUCUCAGAGCUGGAACAUUCCAUAUUCCCCAGCAGCGUGUCAGGGCCAACUAAAGUUUACAAUUCUGACUAAAAAUCACCCUGCUUCUGGCUUAUUUGAAUCCCCUCUCCGCCCCGCCCCACCACCCCGCUCCUAUUUAUUCAGCACCACACUACCCAGGAAAUACACUAGCCAAAUUGUGCAAUUGAAUGAAAUCCACACUCUUCUUUAGAUUCUUUCAACUGUAUCAUAUGUAAUAGUAUCACUUUUCUACAUUUUGGUCAAAUAAAUUUUUACAUAAACUACA